UCCGAUUACUAUCUUCCUGUGUUACCGCCCUUGAGGGAGACCGUACCAGCUAGGGGACAGAGGGUUGGAUAGGAAAUGCAGCUACAACUUGGCAGUACAGAAGCGUGAUAGUCAAAUAGCCAUUGUUUGCGAAUGCGCUUGUGGUUGUCCGGAAGCAAAACUUUUCGCGUGACGAACUGCGGCCUGCCGCGCUGAUCCUGAAGCGGACGUCCCUCAACUGCGCUCGGUAGACAGACUCCCCCCUCCCCCAUCAUGGAGUUGCCGUUCAAGAAGGACCUGGAGAAGUACAAGGAGAUUGACGAGGAUGAGAUCCUCAACAAGCUCUCCGAGGAGGAGCUCAAGCAACUGGAAAACGCUCUGGAGGAGAUGGACCCAGAGAAUGCACUGCUGCCAGCUGGCUUGCGACAGAAGGACCAGACCACUAAAGCUGCCACCGGCCCCUUCGACCGAGAGCGGUUGCUGAACUACCUGGAGAAGGAGGCGCUGGAGUACAAGGACCGAGAGGACGUGGUCCCGUUCACAGGGGAGAGGAAAGGAAAGGUGUGGGUCCCCAAGCAAAAGCCAAUAGAAACGCGGCAGGAAGAAAUAACGACCCUUGACCCGGAACUAGAAGAAGCCCUCUCCAGUGCCACUGACACGGAGCUGUGUGACCUGGCAGCUAUUCUUGGCGUGCACACACUGGUUACGAGCACACAGAGCUACGACGGAAACAGCAGUAAAGAUGGCUACAACAACGUCAUUAAAGGAGAGAAGGUCAAGCCCGUCUUCGACGAGCCGCCCAACCCCACCAACGUGGAGGAGACUCUGCAGAGGAUAAAGUCCAAUGAUGCGUCCUUGACGGAGGUCAACUUGAACAACAUCAAGAACAUUCCCAUCCCGACGCUGAAGGACUUCGCCAAGGCCAUGGAGAGGAACACGCACGUCAAGAAGUUCAGCCUGGCCGCGACCCGCAGCAACGACCCCAUCGCCGUGGCGUUCGCUGACAUGCUGAGAGAGAACAAGAGCUUGAAGAGCCUGAACCUGGAGUCCAACUUCAUCACGAGCGUGGGCAUGCAGGCCCUGGUGGAGGCCCUGCGUGACAACGACGCGCUGACGGAGAUCAAGAUCGACAAUCAGCGGCAGCAGCUCGGGACCAAGGUGGAGAUGGAGAUCGCCAAGAUGCUGGAAGAAAACAAGAGCAUCAUCAAGUUCGGGUACCACUUCACUCAGCAGGGCCCCAGAUCCAGGGCGGCAGCUGCCAUCACCAAGAACAACGACCUGGUCCGCAGGAGGAGGGUGGAAGGGGACAUGUAGAGCCGAAAACGCCGGACCGCCAAACGCCGCGUCCUGCGGAAACCCUUUUCAGCCGAACUGCAAAGUCUUGUGCCAAACCGUGGGGCAAGGCGUCCUGGAAGAGCACCUAUCGGGGAAGAAGGGACAUGACUGGAAUAGCCCUCUCCAUUAUUAAUGCUGAUACUAUGGUUAUUAUUAUAGUCUUAAAUAUAUAAAUAUAUAUAUUUUUUAGUCUAGUAAUUUCAUUUGAGUUCAUUUUCUGUGCUUACGUAAGGCCUCUUGGGUUGCUCCUGUCUUUUUAACUGUGCUUAUAGUAAGGAGGGGAAGAGAGCCCACAUCACGCAGAGUAGCAGCUGGGAAAAUACACUGCCUUUUUAUCUGUAGCUGUUCAGAACCACGUUACAAUCGGUGAAUGAUAAACACUCGGCACCACAGCACCACACAAUAGACUGAAACUCACACCACAGCAUGGUGGAGGUUCUUCCACUUAAUCCACGUCAAAGUUAUGCUGGGACUUGGAGUUAUUGCUUGUUUUUUUUUAACAUUUGUUUUUAUAACAUUUAGAUGUAUCGUAUAAUAGUUCCGUGGACAUUCCCUCUAUAAAAGUGCAUUUUAAGGUUGACAGUGCACCUGCAGGUCUCUGUAUUGUUCCUCUGGCCUGAGCUUUAAAGAGCACAUGUGGUUGUAUGUCAUCACAAGUUUUGGUUUCUGAGGAAGCUUUCUGAGUUCUUGGAUCCGUUAUUGGUGGUUGGGGGACGGGGAGGGGGGGGGCUUGAUCUCCGCCCCAAAAGUCAAAGCACUCCCUGCAGGAGCACGUCUCCCACCAGUCACACUAUUUUAAAUGCACACAUGAGAGCACAUGAAGCUAGCUAGAUUAACGUGCAUUUCAGAAAAAAGCACAAGGUCAGACGUGAAUUCACCAUUGGUGUUGUGUGUUUUCCAAGUCCAUUGUAAGGUGUAUUGCCAGUUGUCCCUCUUAGGGCGAAUGCGUUAUUUUAAAUCUCACUGCAGUUUCCCUGAAGCCAGAAAGACGUCCUCUGACCUUUGCCUUUUAAGGGGUUCCAGUGGGAUAGUUCCCACUGUGUCUUUCCCCUAAGGGGUAGGAAAAGGGAACUAGACAAGUAAAGAUUUGACCAAGUAGGUGUGUGUUUUUUGUCCCUCCCCUCUCCUCCUAUUGGCUUUUCUCAUACCAUGCCAAAGACAAACUGUUUACCAUUCGUACAUCAUUCCAAGGAAUCUAGCCUGCUGCGUUUCGCAUUCUUCAGCUUGUGUGUUAACGGUUUCAAGAAUUGCCCACUGAAAGCCAUACAUAGAGAAUCCCAGACCUGGUUAAGACAUCACCUUCCCUUAACAGCCAAGCGUUUCUUCUCUCCAUUUCCACAGCUGCAGUGUAAAAACAAAAGUAGAUGUGUAACGACUGAGCUCGCCUCUAAGGUGCAGUAUCUCGGCAAUAUGAGAUUUUUUUUUCACUCAGGCUCUUGGUUCUUGAUGUAGAAUUUUUGCAGUGGCAUGCUAUACUGGCAGACCUACUACACCUCGUGAGAAUUGAAAGCAUGCCCUGUACACUCUACAGGUUCAACUGGAUUGCACAGGGAAACCUUGGCGUGGUUUUUAAAUGUGAACGCUUGGACCAAUUCAGGCUCUGCAUUUUUGCGUAAAACGAACAUGUAGUGAACUGUGCGUUUUUUGAUGCUUCCAAACCCUGCAAUGUUUUUUUUUCCCUUCAUUUUGGUUUUGUCUUUGAUUUUGUGUUUCUGCUGCGCAGGUUUUAACGAGUUAUCUUAAUAGGAGACCUUCAGAGGAUGAUGUGUUCUGCAGGAUAAAAUCAAUGGUUAUCUUUUUUUUUUUUUAUUUCUUUUUGUUAACAAAGCACGCUGUAACGGUAAGCCUUACGGAUCACGCUUUAUCCAGGUCGAUCCUGAAGCGGAUCGGCCCUUGUUUUGGCCCUGUGAAUAUUCUGUGGUAUUGUAAUGUGUAUUAUGGCUGCGUCCCAUCUCAAACUGGUGAGGCCCGUUCCAGUGGAGGUGUUCAUUUGUAAAUUUCUCUCAAGUGUACGUUACAAACUGCUGAGGUCUUUCACCUUAAAUCCUACAGCUCUGGACUCAAGAAGAGGAAAUGUUAUGUACUGUUAUAUACCACAUGGCAUGGUGGCACUGUAAUGUGGAAAACUUGCUCAACAAUAAAUGU